ACCGUCUUCUUCUUCUCCUCCAGGUGGCGGUAGAGGCGACCAGACGUGACGUAGACCGUAGAAGAAGAAACCCGGAAGUAAACAGCAGCAGCAGACUUGUGUUAGAGGUAGCAGUGGGCGUCCUCUGUGAUGUCAUGGUGAUGUCGUCAGUGAAGCAGCGGUACCGUGACAUCAGUCCUGUGACUCUGCAGGUGGUGGGCGGGGCUGUGAGCUCCAGUCUGUACUGUGGGGAGGUGGAGGGUCUGUCGGGGGGGCUGGCGGAGUCCUUCCUGGUGGAGCUUUAUCGCUGUAAACUCUGUCAGUUCACCUGCGGCCUGAAAACCUCCAUCAGCAGCCACCUGCUGCUCAGGCACCGCCCCCCCACCCUCACGUACCUGGGAGGGGCUGAUGGAGGGGGCGGGGCUGACGGCAGAGAGGAGGCGGGACUCCAGCGGGGGGUGUCGCCCUAUCAGCUGGAUCUGAAUGGAGAGUCGAAGCAGAGCGACGAGGACGAGGACUUCCUGCUCUACAACAUGCUGGACAACAUGAGCCCGCCCACCUGUGACAUCAGCAGUGAGGGGGGGCUGCAGGUCGCACACACCUGUGAGGUCAGCACUCUGUUUGAGGAGGAGUCCUCCAUCUUCCCUCUGAAGGGGGGUUCAGUGGAUCUGUCCUGUCCCAUCGGCCCCCCCGCCACCCAGGAGGAGAUGGCGCAGUCCGCUCACCUCAUGACUCUGGGACUGUGUCGCAUCUCAGCCGCCAAACCGCCUCCUCCUCCUCCUCCUCCUCCUCCUCCUCCUCCGCCCGCCUCCCAGCCCGUCCGGCGGCCUCCACCCGACGCCUCGCCCCGCCUGUCGCGGCCCGACAGCCUGAAGCAGAGCGAGACGGACGGGCGGGAGACGAGGACUUCACCCUCCGGUAAACGGAGGCUGCUGUGUCUCCUGUGUCCUCUGACGCUGCCGUCCAGGCGGCUGCUGGACGUCCACGUGCGGUCUCACCGGGGGGCCGGCGGGUUCGGCUGCGUCUGCUGCGGCUGGACGGCCGACAGCUGGGAGGAGCUGGAGCCUCACUGGAGGAGCCACUGCAGGAGGAGGAGGAGGAGGAGGAGGAGGGAGGAACACAAACAGGAGGAAGAGAAGAAGAAGAAGAAGAAGAAGAAGGCAGCGUCGAGGCCAAUCAGCUGUCCGAACUGUCGGAGGACGUUCAGGAGCGCCGCGUCGCGAAACGCUCACCAACAACAAACACACGACGGCGUCCGCUCAGAUUUGUUUCCUCCAGACGGAUGGAGGGGCCGGCUGAUUGGACGAGCAGGAGGGACGGAGGCAGAGCGUACGGACAGACUGACCAGUAGAGCUCAGACUGGUUCACUGCAGAGCGUCGGCGAGAAGAGGAAGAAAGCCAGGAGGAAGAAGAAGAAAGAAGAAGAGAAGGAGGGCGAGGAGACGUCUGCUGAGAUCAGAGACCAGACGGGUUUCUGUUGCUCUCUCUGUCACAGGAAGUUCUCCACCAAGCUGACUCUGAGGCGUCACCUGGGCGUCCACGGAGGAGAGAAACCGUUCACCUGUCCUCACUGUUCCUACAGCAGCAGACUGAAGGCGUCUCUGCUGCAACACCUGAGAACACACACAGGUGAGAAGCCGUACAGGUGUGCUGACUGUCCGUACGCCUCUAUAGACCGCAGCUCUCUGCUCAGACACUGCAGAACUCACAGUCAGGAGAAACCGUACAGGUGUCAACACUGUGACUACAGCAGUAUCCAGAAGAAGAGUUUGGACCUCCACGCUCGCCGUCAUCACACCGGCGAGGCGUUUCCAUGCCAACAGUGUGAGUACUCGAGUCCCGACCGCCAGCUGCUGCUCAGACACGUCCGCAGACACCACGACCCCUCCCAGCAUGCCGCGCUGUGACCUCGCAGGUGAUCGGACGCUCCGAUUGGACCGCGAGCUCGUGGGCGGGACUGCUGUGUCGAGUCUGAUGAUGAAAGCAGGAUGAUGUCACCAGACGUGCUGCUGAUGUCACAGACAGUCUGAUGGUUUUAAAUAAAGUUUAAUUUUGUGUUUUUUAAGGAUCUGCUGGUUGGAUUUUUGCAUUAAAGUAAAAAAUGUGACGCAACAUAAAAA